UUUUAAUUGGUAAUGAUUUCGAAUAACCAUCCUUUACGAAUGUAAUAGAUUUUAUUAAAAUGUUGUUACGACGAUCUUCGUAUUACAUCGAAUAGAAUACUUUCAAUAAUUAUCCUUGAGUUUUUCUAAGUAACCAUUUUUUAUGAUUGAAUGUUCAUCAAUAUGGAUUAAUUUUUAUUCUACGGUAUUCCAGUUGUAAGCUUUUAUAAUACUAUAAUCGUAUUCUAAGAGUCAACUAACAGUCAGCUAUCAAGAAAUUUAUAAAAAUGACUCAUCCAAUUGUUUAUUUAACGAGAAAGGAAUCAAUAUCUAGCUGUCAUAGAUUGCACAGUUAUAAUCUGAGCGAUGAAGAAAAUAAAAUGAUAUAUGGAAAAUGUAACAAUUUUUGGGGACAUGGACAUAAUUAUAUUGUUGAAGUUACAGUCCGUGGACCAUUAGAUCCUAUAACUGGUAUGGUUAUGAAUAUAUCUGAUUUAAAAAGGUACAUGAAAAAUGUAUUAAUGGAUAGACUGGAUCACAAAAAUUUAGACAAAGAUGUAUAUUAUUUUAAAAAUGUUGUAUCGACCACUGAAAAUUUAGCUAUAUAUAUUUAUAAUGAAUUGAAAAAGGAAUUGCCUAAUCCAGAUUUAUUAUAUGAGGUAAAAAUUCAUGAGACCGAUAAUAAUAUUGUAUAUUAUAGAGGAGAGUAAAUAAUAUUUUUUUAUGAUAAUACAAGGGACAAAUAAUAUAACA